AUGAGUGCUGCCGAUACUCGCGAUGCUUUGAUUCACAACUAUCUGGAGCUGGCCCCUAUCACGUUUUUAUACUACGACCACGCUCUGACGUUCUCAGAGGAGGUCCGGCGGAUAUGGAGGGCCCCGCUAUCCAAGGGGUCACUAUGGUUCCUGUUCAACCGAUAUCUCGCGUUCUUUGGUAUGGGUACCCUCGUUCCUAACUAUAACGACGAAGAGCCAGACUUGAUGACGAUUCUAGGUAACCUCGCCAUAUUGUUCGUCACGUUCACGAAUUGGGUUGCUGCUACCAAAGUGAGGGAUCCUCUCUCGGCAAGUACAGUCUCGCAAUACGCCCCCGCUCUCUCUUUACCGACCUCUAUUGCUGCUGCAGGUGUGAGCAUUACGGUCUAUUCCGUGAGUUACUCCUUGAUGUUGGGCUUGCGAACAUGCGCAUUAUAUGGGAACACUCGCCGCGUUAUCUCUGCAUUCGUGGGAUUGGUGCUUGUUCUACUCCCACCUGCUGCUUUCUCUUUGACAGGGCCUCAUAGCACCGUCGUGCCGGGCGUUCAGGGAUGCCACCUCGCCACCUCCAGAGUCUCAGGAAUCUACCUUGCCAUUGCUUGGGAGGUCCUACUCGUCUACGACAUAGUAAUAUUCACGCUCACCGUCAUGAAAUCGUGGCGUACGCGUCUGCGGAGAGAUCGACCGUUUGAAUUCUCAAGGAGCUCGGUCCUCGACCUCAUUGUUCGGGAUGGUGCUAUAUAUUUUGGGGUUAUCACAGUGACCAAUGCCAUAAACAUCCUGACACUUUACGUGUGCCCGCCAAUAUUAAAAGGUCUCUUGUCUACAGUGGCCAGUUGUGUCAGCGUAACGAUGGUGUCACGACUGCUGCUCAACCUGCACAGUGCCGUGUCCCCUAUACUCGAGCCAGACGAUCUUACGGUCGAUAGCACUUCGCAUGGGGGUCUUACCAUUCUAAGUGCAGGGACAGACGAGCGGGGAUCUCACUCGAUGUACGAGACUUAUGAGAUGCGGGUAGGGCUUGCGUUCUGA